GCACAACACUGCAUUUCUAGGACUCUGCAGUCUGCUGCCAGAUUUUUUUUUUACAAAACCUGCACCAUUUGUCCAUUUAUAGAUCUUUUUAUUUUAUCAGGGAUCUAUUAAUCUACAACAAUAGAACAAUUCUAAAUGAAUUGUUAUGGAUUUUAGGAAUAGAAUUAAUAGAUAUUGCUGACAAAAAAAAAACACGUUUGUUCUUUCUAUUGAUGGAGAUGAGCAGUGGCUGUUAGAGGAGAUGCUGAGCAGCAAGAGGACAGCGGCCCUGCAGAGGCCGACAGCUUGGGAUCGCAGCAGGGUUGGGGAGAGGCUGCAAGCUGCCCUGGCUGGGCUGCAGGAGCUGCACCUCCUUAGGGAGAAACAGGAGACGCUGGUGACCGCAGCCCUAGCUAUGCAGCCGGCCCCUGCAGUGACCCUGCGGCAGUGUAAUAAGGACAACCCGGGAUCAUACCGCUGUGAGGAACUCAGGUUGGAGGCCACACUGACUGUCCUCAAGGAACAACUGUCUCGUUUAAGAAGACAAGACGUUGGCUUGAAAAGUCAUUUGGAUCAGCUUGAUCAGCAAAUAAGUGAGCUUAAACUGGAUGUCAACAAAUCAUCUAAUGAAAACUUGGACAGUGAUAGUAGACCAAGUUCAGGUUUUUAUGAACUGAGUGAUGGCGCUUCCUGUUCCCUAUCUAAUUCUUGUACGUCCGUAUACAGUGAAUGUUUAUCAGCAUCCCACAGCAGCCUUCAUCCAUUCGCCCAACAAUCCAGAAACCGUCUGAGUGUUUUUGAUUACAGGCCGAAAUCUGUAGAUGAAACUACUGUUCAUGUCUCAUCUGCCAAUGUAAAUCUUCAAAAUUGGGGAGUAUGCAGCAUGGAUAUAAAUGAGAACAAAAAUUGUUCCGAAUUCACAGGAAACCAAGCAAGGUCGCGACCAAGACCCGUUUCUACAGGAGACCUUGACAGACUCAUACCAACUAAUUCUGACUUUCAAAUGGCAUCAGACCUACAGCGUGUUUCAACAUUUUGCCAUGGAAAUGAUAUACAGUUUCAUAAUGUUGAUCCAAAAUAUCAAAGUGAUUUGGUUUCCAAAAGAGGCAUUGAUAUAUAUCCAUACCCAAGCCCUCUACAUGCCGUUGCUUUACAGAGUCCACUCUUUGCUUUAUCGGAUGAAUCUCAAGACAUUGACCCUCGAUGCAUUGAGAAUAAAAAUUCUCCUAAUAGUGUUUCAGGUACUUUAUUGGAAGAGCCUCAAUUAUAUACUGAACAGAGACCUGGAGGUUAUAUAAACAAAUUGCUGCAAUUAAGCAAAUGCAAAGCAAACAAUCAGUCUGAGUGCAGUGAAAGAGCAUUAGAAAAGAAUCAGCCAGCCAUAACAUACCAGAGACUUGUUUUAAGAACCAGCCCUGGUGGAUUGAAAAUUAAUAGCAGCAAUUGCCUGAAAGAAAAACAGGUUUGUACACUGGAAGCUGGCAAACAAAAAGGAAAUCUAACUACAAAGCAAAAUGUCUCCUCUUAUGAUGUACCCGACAAACAGCAAAACAGUCUCCCAUCUGUGGAGAGCAAAACCACUAACAUUAACUGUGUUUCUAGUAGGUUAAGUACUAUCAUGGACACUUCAACAGAAUCUAUUGAAGUUGGAUCUUACUCCACCAUUACUUCUGAAGACUCCAAUCACCAACCGUCAAACUUACAAAAAAGAAUUAUAGUACCUCAAAAAAUCAAUAAAUGUAACAACCCAAAAAAUAACACAAAUCAAGAAAUAGUGGGUCGAUAUGAAUUUGUUCAGGCAAAAUUUGUCCCAGCAGAGUCUCAUCAAAUUAAGUUCAAAUGCUCUUCUUCCAAAAAUAAAUCAGAUAAGCUAAAAAGAAGGAAUAGUGAAAAGAUUGUAAGGCCCGUACGAUCUUCCCGUGCCAUUGACAAACCAAAAUUGGGUGAAUGCUCCAAUCUGCCAAUAGAAUGGAUUCAACAAAACAGACCUAUGACAAACAAUGGGAGAAUGCUCAUGAGAAGGCCAACUUUUGUUGGGGAGGCAGGUGGCAGGUCUUGUUCAGAAACAAGUUUGUAUCCUGUCCAGUAUAGGAUUCCACAAUUGAUACCAAGAUCUCAACUUUGUCGGACUUCAUCUGGUGCUCUUCAUUCCUUUGAAGGUGUUAAUGCUAAAACAGCUGUGAGCAAAAAACAGCGCAAAUGGCAAUCUUCUGUAGAGAUUUCAAUAAAGAGCCAACUUGCAAAUUUUCCAGGUGGCCCUGGAACAGGUUUAGUGCAGCACAGACAACCAGUUAAAAAAGCUGGAGUUAUGAGGACAGUAAGUCUUCGGACAAAAUCUAGGCAUCAUCGGCUCAUGGGAACCUAUGCAAAAAGUGAGUCUGAUCAUUCAGAAUAUUCAGCAGAAUGCGCUUCUCUUUUUCAUUCCACUAUAGUAGAGACAAGUGAAGAUGAUGUUAGUGACUACACUACAAACCGAUUUGGGGAUAGUGAAUCUAGUGAAAGUGAUUCAGAUGCCGGUACUAGCUCCAGCAGCCUUACUUUGGAUUGUGAGGACACUGAUGAGACUGAAAUAGUUUGGGUCGAUUCUUCUGUCAAUCCUCCUUUAGUCACAAAGUCCAUGACCAGGCCUCUUUAUCCGGAGCCUAAGAUCUGUCGCAUCAAAGCAUCAAAAGCACUAAAAAAGAAGAUUAGGAGAUUCCAGCCAGCAUCUUUAAAGGUUAUGACCAUGGUAUAAGAAAGAGUAAUAGGUUGUUGCUCUCAAGGACAACACACUGUGUUUUUGCUUUGCAAAACAAUUGAAAUGACUGGUUUCUGGAAUGUUUUAUCUUGAAUGAACUGUGUAUGACCUCCACACUCCACAAAAGACUUUUUCACUUGUAAACAACUAUACAAUCACACUGUACCCAAUUUUGUUUUGCUGUUUUCUUGCAAUGUUGGCUUAAGUAAUUAUGUCUUUUUUUAUUUUUUUAAAGUGACUUUAUUUUGCCUUGUUGUAUUUUGCAAAUGUUAAAAUUCAAUAUUAUUAAAAACUAUUUAAUAUUCAACCAAAA